AUGGAAAAAAUAAACGACAAACAAAUUUUAGAAAAAAUAAGUACCAUAACAGGUGGUUUGACUAAUACUUCAGUUAUAAAGAAAAAAAGUAAAAAAAAGAAAAAGAAAAGAAAAAAUGCAAAACUUGAUGAAAAAAAGAAAAGUAUAACAAAAAAUAGAAAACGAAAAAUAGUAGACUUAUUUGAAGAUUAUAAAUUACAACAAAAAAAAGAAACUUGUAAGUUUUUUUUUAAAAAAGGAAAAUGUAUUCAUAAUGAAAACUGUUCUUAUUCUCAUGAUGUUAUACCAAUUUAUAAAAUUUCUAAAUUAUGUAAAUUUUUAGUAAAAGGAACUUGUGAUAAAAAAAAUUGCAUAUUUUCUCAUGAUUAUCAACUUUUCUAUUGUCGUAAUAACGUAAUUUUCAAUUCAUGUAAUAAUCCUUUUUGUAAAUUUAAACAUAUUAAAAUAGGUAACACAAUUAAUAAUGCAGAUGAAUAUAACUUAGAAGUAGAUAAUGUUUUAAGUAAAGAUGAUAAAAUAAGAUUUUUGUAUAAUAAUAAAAAUUAUUUAAUGGAAUUAUUAAUUCACAAAUAUCACAAUUUUGAUAAUUAUGAAGAAAUAAAUGUAGAUGAAUUAAUUAAAAAAGAUAAUUAUCCCUGGUUUAUUAAUGGGAUAAUUGAUUUAAUUAAACUAGACUUUAAAUAUAAUAAAGCUGAUGUUUUUUUUAAAUUAGUAAAAAAUUAUAUGAAUAAAACAAAUAAUCUAAAAUGUUAUAUAGAUAAAGAUAAUUUGAAAAUAUUACAAAAUGAUAAAAACCACAAUGAAUUAUCUAAGAAAAAUACCAUACUAGAAAACAUUAAUUCAGAAAAUAAUAAUGAAUCAAAGGAGGAAUUAAAUACAUUUGAAAAAAAUAAUAAAGAUAAUAAAACAAAUACUAAUGAUACUAAUAACACUACAGAAAAUUUUAAUGAUUAUAAAUUUUAUUCAAGUGAAGAAGAAGAUUAUACUCAAUACUUAAAUAAAUAUUUUGAAAUAGAUACUUAA